AUGAUCCAGAUUAGUAUCAGUGAAAUUCAAGCUAAAUUAAUAGAAGGCUAUGGACUAAUAAAAGAUGCAAAGGGUAAAGAUUUAGUACUGGUGAUCGGUAAUACCGGUGUGGGUAAAAGCACCUUUCUGAAUUAUAUGCUAGGGUACAAAAUGUACCAAAAUGAAGAAUCUGAUACGGUGGAGACGGUAGAGAGAGAGUGUCCCGCACAUAUUGGGCAUAAUAUGCAUUCACAAACUUUGUAUACACAUCCGAUUGCGGAUAAAAAUUAUCCUUGGGUUUUUACCGACUGUCCGGGAUUUCUGGAUAAUAGAAUGACCAAUGAUACGAUUGUGACUUCCAUUAGCAUGGAAUUAACUAUUCGCAUUGCAAAACAAGUCAAGGGGAUUGUUAUACUGAUGGAUGCGACUGAGUUUUUAAGCAGUAGAUUGACUGCUUUGGGUCCGUUGAUGAAGAUAUUGAUUAAAUUAUUUCGAGAUCCAAUUAAAAUGUUAAAGUAUUCUGUAAUUGGUGUGACAAAACUAGAUCAAAUAAAGGGAGGAAAAACGAGGGCUAAGAAAAUAACGUUACAAGGUUUGAAUAAAAUUAAAGAAGAAUGUCGUAGAAGAAUAAAAACUCUUGAGACAGAGAAGAGAGAAAGAGAUGGAACAGAUUUGAUUAUCAGUGAAUAUAAAGUGAUGGAAGAGUUUACUAGUGCAGUACUUGGUCGUAAAGAUGAUAUCAUGUUUAUUGAUAUUCUUGAUGAUGGUGAUUCAAAACAGCUCGUAACCGAUCGUAUUUGUGCCAUUAGAUCGAGAACUGAAGCUCAAACUGAUCAGUUACCAUAUGAUACUUCUCCACCUCCAAUAUCAACAUCUACUAGUAAUGCUCAACAAGAUGCACUGCCGUUACCGCUAAUUACGAUCGCAGACUUCAAUUUUGAAGAUUAUGAUAUCAAUAGAACAAGCUUUAAUAAGGCAAUUUACGAUUUGGCUGGUGAAGGUAAUCAGCUAAUCGGUGCAAUUACAGGAGCUGUAGAUCAGCUUAAACGUGCGAUUGAUUUGUGGAAUGAUAACAAAAAGAGAAUGACGUCGAUGAAAAGAUUGAGAUCGGAGUUGGACAGUUAUAUUUCUGCUUCUGAAGUCCCAACAAAAUUAAUAAACACUUGGUCAGAAAUGCUUGAAGAAAAUGAACAAUCUAUCCAGUCUGAAAAAAGAAAGAUGCAGUCUGUUAAUGAUCAUUUAAAAAAAUUUAAACAAGAAUUGAAUGAAAUUAAUACUGAUAAGCCCGUGAUAUUUGCUGAAAAGAAGUAUAUCAAAAAGGAGCAAUAUUGGACCUAUCAUGAAGUCCUUUUUGAUUUUGAUACUGAAGAUGAACGGACACCAAUUGUUGAUAUCGAUCAACGAAUAGGUAAUGGUUGCUGGUGCAAUACAACAGAUGAAAGGCGGAGAGGCCGAUAUAAAACGUGGUAUCAAUCUGACUGGUGGAAAAGGGGAUGCUACUAUGACGGUUUACAUUGCUUCUAA